ACACUUAUAUACAAGAUUGUAAAUCAACCAAUAUCUUAUUUCUACAUUAUUUAUAUAGUAGUAUUACUGAUAAAUGUACCUAUUUACUAUUACUUAUUUAAUCUUUUUUACCACACUGUACACUAUCGAGGGUCAUCAUUCUGAGGAAACUAAUAACUGAACGGACCCUCAAUCGCGCCGCGACUCUAUGGAAUGUCACAUUCAAACCGUCAAACAAAUGGAUAUUUGAAUUCUGACAUUUCUGACGGUUAAAAAUUCAAUUCAAGCAAGCCAAAGCCAAACAAACUUUUUGCUUCGGUGUUUUAAAUUGGAUUAUCAUUAUUAUUUGUGAAAACAACAAAUUUUAUUUGGAAUGGUGUCAUUCUAAUGAUUGUGCUUGUGAAUUUGGUGUGAAUAUUUGAUAUUUAUCUUGGAAACUACUUUAGUAAGAUGGUGAAGGUGGAACGAAAUCCCCGCCUAGGCGCGCUGGGCGGCCCCAAGGCGCGGGGCCAGGGCUCCGUGCCUUCUCGUAGCGGUUCCACCCAGAACAUGGCCGCUAAUAUUAAAGUGGUAGUGCGAGUGCGGCCUCCCAAUCCCAAGGAGAUGGAGUUGAACAGCCGCGUCGUCAUCGACGUGGUGGACGACCGGAUGCUGGUGUUCGACCCCAAGGAGGAACAGCUUCCGUUCUACCACCAAGGAGUCCAACAACCCAACCGGAACUUUCUCAAACGUCCAAACAAGGAGUUAAAAUUUGUGUUCGACAACGUUUGCGGCGUCAACUCCAGUAAUCAAGAUGUAUUUGAGACCACAACUAAGGAUAUCUUGGCGUCCCUCAUGGAUGGUUACAAUUGCUCGGUAUUUGUCUAUGGUGCCACAGGAGCCGGUAAAACGUUCACAAUGAUUGGCACUCAAGAAAACCCCGGCAUCACAUACUUGACCAUGGAGCACCUGUUCUAUUCCAUGAACUCUUUUGAAAAAGAAAGAGAGUUUGACAUAUCAGUGUCCUAUAUUGAGGUUUACAAUGAAAAUGUAUUUGACUUGCUAAAGCCAUCGAAGACCCCUCUUCAACUCAGAGAAGACAACAAAUAUGGAGUGAUGGUCGCCGGCAUCACUCUAAAAUCUAUCAAAACUUCAGAGGAAUUGCUGAGCAUGCUAGAGAGUGGGAACAAGAACCGAACCCAGCACCCCACGGACGCUAAUGCUGAGAGUUCCAGGAGCCAUGCCGUCUUCCAGGUAUACAUUACAAUGAGGUACAGAAUCAGCAGUCAGGUGCGUAUGGUGAAGCUGUCCAUGAUAGACCUGGCGGGGAGCGAGCGAGCCUCGGCCACGGGCUGCGUGGGCCAGCGCUUCAAGGAAGGAGCCAACAUCAACCGCAGCUUACUGUCCCUUGGCAACUGCAUUAACAAGCUAGCUGAUGGUGGCAGCUACGUACCUUACAGGGACUCGAAAUUAACCCGUCUACUAAAAGACAGCCUUGGGGGCAAUUGCAAAACGGUUAUGAUUGCUAAUGUAUCACCAUCCAGCUUGAGCUACGAAGACACAUACAAUACUCUGAAAUAUGCCGCCCGAGCCAACAAGAUCCAGCUCAGCAUAAAGAAAAACAUUGUAGACGGUGAUGUUCGACACUCGCAGUAUGUGAAACUGAAUGAAGAACUGAAAAAGAAGGUUAAAGAACUGGAGGCGAAGCUUUCACUGUCCAGUUUGAAGACAGUGGCUAGGGAAGCCGACUUGGUGAAGGAAAAAGCAACCAAGGACUGGCGUCGUCGCAUCCUAGACGAGGAGCGGUCGCUCUCCGCUCUUGAAAGCCAGCUGUUGUCGCUCAUGUCGUGCCAGCGGGUGCUGGCGCUGCGGCACCGCCUGCGCACUCGCGCCUUCAGCCACGUGGUCGACCUCGCGCACCGCUCGUCCAGCGAUGGGAUGGAGCAGGUAUGCACGGAGGACAUCCCGCGGCAGGAGCGCGCGGCCGAGAGCUACAUGAAGCAGUCCGUGCAGCUCGACACCAAGAUCCUCGCCGCCUGGGGCCGCUACAGCGACUGCCGCAAGAAGAUGGACAUCCUGUGCACACAGGCACUAGCCAACUGCCCGGAGUUAGACGACUUCGUCAAACUGAUCAAACUGCAGAGCCAAAUGCGACAAACCGAAGCCAAGGAUAAACUGAACAAGAAGCUAUUAGUGAUUGAGAACGACGAAAUUAACGCGUUCGCUGACUACAUGUGCGAGAUGCCGAGCAUGCUCAAAAAGCUCUAUCUCACUUUGAAAGGCUACGACAAAGCUACCCCGGCGCUGACUAGCGAGUACCUCGACAUCAUGAGGAAAGCCAAGUCGGCUAAAGCAAUCUCGUGGUCGGACGACGACAGCGAAUCCUGUGACGCACACUUCAAGUUUCUCACGACUCUCGACUUGGACAAGCCUUGUAGCAUUCCCGACUUUAAUCUCACAAGGAAUAAGGAAGAAAUUAUUAAUUCGACAAUUGAUAUUGUGACGGAUAGCGACGACCUAACUGACAUAGAAAACCGGGAGCCAGUCGUCGAGUGUGGCAUGAAGCGCAAGGGAACUCCAAUCAAGCUUGCGAAUAACGAAACCAUAAUCAUUGACGACUCAUUCGAAGCUCUAGACACCACGAGGACCAUGUCAUCGGCUAAAAAGAUAAAAAAAGAUAUUGGCGACAUCGCUCCCGACGUAGAAAACUACGCAAGUGUCAUUGACCCAAAAGAUUUGAACUCGACAUUCGUCCUGGCUGGGAAAAUGGAGGCGUUGAAGAAGUUUCCCAUUAAAUCCGAGCCCAUCCAGCCAGUCAAGAAAGGACUUUCUGACAGGACGAACACAAUGCAAAGGACAGUCACCUUCGGCGACAACAAAGCGAGACCCGUGAAGCCGGUGAUUGGCAAGGCGGUGGCGUUCCGGCGGCCGGCGGCGCCCGCGCCCGCCACGGGCUCUGGGGGCUUCGGGUCGACACUAUCGCGGGACGGCACGCCGCUGCAGAGGAAUGUGCAAGAGAUGCGAUCGAAGACGAAUGUAACUGAAAAACAGUCAGUGGGUUUUAAAGCUGUUCGCGCGAGGGAGAGAGUCCAGACGCACCCCUACUCCCGACCCAACGCCUUCAGCCGCCGGUGACUUCCAGAACAUUCCACCAUGUGACCUAGAACAUACAAGAAGAACCGAAGACAUUUAGCAUAGGCUGUAUACUUAAUAGUAAGUAUGGUAACUGACUGAAGGUUUGUAUUUAUUUUUAUUUUUUUCUUUUAUACGACUAAAUUAAGGUCUAUAGAUAUUGAUAUGUUAUUGUUAAUGUACAUUUUAAUCAAGCAUAGGAAAGGAAAUAAAAGGAUAUUAAUGGAUGUUAAUUAGGUUUCAGAGCACCGAAAUCGUUUUCAUACGUGAAAUGCGCAUAAAACACGAUUAUCGGUGUUACUGUUUUAUGAUCAAAAAUUCACUUUAUUGCGGACCGGUAAAGUAUUUUUUGGGCUGUAUUAUUGAUUGAUAAUAAUUAUGUAUAAGUAAAGGUUAUUGCUUUGUAAAAUUACGUCAAACCUUCGGCCGAAUAUGUUUUAGAAAUGGUUUUUAGCUUUGCGUGUUAGCUUUUAAAAUAACUUUAACUUGUUUAGCUUUAAUUUACUGUAAGAGAAUUUUCUAAUAAGUAUACUUUACUAGUUAAUAUAUUUUAGCUUCGAGAAAGCAUUUUGAAACCUUAGUUCCCUAAUGAUGCCGAUGCAGUGAAUUUCAUUCCGCAUUAGGUACUUUUAACUGAUUAUGAUUAUAGCAAUAACAAUUAUCAGAUUUUGAAACUGCUUAUGGAUUUGUGUUUUAUUAUUUUUAUAUUUACGUAAGAAAUGUAGUUUGUAAAGAAUUUGUCAAUGCCUUUUUAAGAAUCUUACCUAAGCCAUAAGCCCUCGAGUCCACUGAAUUGACGACCUAAGGCAUUUAGUGGUUUGACGAGGAAGGCAGAGGUCGUGGUGCUACUUGGGAGUGGCCUUAUGUGUCUAUGCCGCUUACGGCAUGAGGUGGCAUCAGAAGGGCUAGCACGGAGCGCAUAAUAAAGACGUGACAAGAGUUUUGCAUCGCGCUCACUCACAUCGCACAGCCUCAAGAGCGAGCGCGACGGAGAACUCUUGUCACGUCUUAACAGUGCCCUGUGCUACAGGGGCAGAACGAGUUUUCGCACCGUCACUACGAACCGUUUCUAUUAACUUGUUGUGAGCGUCUUGUCGCGUCGACCCACCAAAGAAUCCAAUAAAAACUGUGCUUAAAUCUCAUGUCGCCCGCGGCCUACUGACCUUAAGGACUUCCAACCGGUAAAUCUUCAGUCGUUUCUGCCAGCAGUAGGUACCUAUGUGACUGAAUAGGUCUUCACGUCUUCCGAAAACCAUAAUCAGCUCUAUAAAAGGCAAGACUGUUCCAACUAAACAAUAAUGUUUGACUGAUGAUGUAUUUUAAUGUAACUUUACUAAUUUUAUAAAUGAUUGUAUUUUUGUAAAUUUAUUAAUGAUACCUAAUGCCUAUGAUAUUGCUAAUGAUUGUGUGAUAGUAAAUGAUUAAUAAAGACCAUUGUUUGUA